GCCGCCGGCGCUGGGGAGGUGUCCUUUUUGGAUCGCCUGGCGCGGCGCAGCGCGCAGCGGCUGGAAGCGCCCCGGGCGCCGAGAAGAGGAGGGCGCGGGGCAGCGGCGGCGCUAAAGGGUUGGCUCUCUCCGCUCCGGAUCCGGCAGGAGGGAAGGAGAGGGGAUCGGGCGCCUCCCGCCCAGCCGCACAUGGCUUAGCCGGAGCGCGGGGCCAGAUCGCGGGCGGCGCCUCCCUCUCCAGGCAUGUGCGCGCCCAACUCUGCCCGGAGCCCCUGGCCAGGGCGCAGCGGCUGAACGGCUGUGCCCGGGAGAGGCACGCACCCGCGGUUCCCUGCGGGCACCUGUGCGGAGAGGCCAAAUUAGCCCCAGCUCUGCUGAUCAUGGUCAACAAGACCUUAAACUAUUGGGAUCCCAAUUUUGAGGAUGAGGUCAUAAACAUCAACGUUGGGGGUCUGAGAAGAAGGCUGAGCUCGAGCGCCCUCUCCAAGUUCCCUGACACUCGCCUCGGGCGCUUGCUGUCCUGCGACUCGGAGGAGUCCAUCCUGCAGCUGUGUGACGACUAUGACGUGAGUGCCCGGGAAUUCUACUUUGACCGCAACCCUGGCUUCUUCCUUUAUGUGCUCCACUUCUACCAGACGGGCAAGCUGCAUGUGAUGGACGAGCUGUGCGUCUUCUCCUUUUGCCAAGAGAUCGAGUACUGGGGCAUCAACGAGUUCUUCCUGGACUCCUGCUGCAGCUACCGCUACCACGAGCGGAAGCUGGAGAGCCGCCACCACAACUGGGAUGAAGAAAGCGAGGUCAGCAGUGUGGACAUGUCUCCGGACGAGAUCUCGGAUUUCAACCACGACCUGCUUCGCUACAGCACCCUGCGCUGCGGCAGUUUGCGAAAGCGCCUCUGGCUCACCAUGGAGAACCCGGGCUACUCCAUCCCAAGCAAGCUCUUCAGCUUUGUGUCCAUCAGCGUUGUGUUGGCCUCCAUUGCGAGCAUGUGCAUCCACAGCAUGCCGGAGUACCAGGAGCCCGACGAGGAAGGCAUCCUGAAGGACGACACGGUGCUGGAGAACCUGGAGUACUUUUGCAUCUCCUGGUUCACCUUUGAAGUGACGGCCCGUUUGCUGCUGGCGCCAAACUUGAGGAAGUUCUUCAAGCACCCCUUGAACCUCAUUGACAUAGUCUCAGUGCUGCCUUUCUACUUCAGCCUUCUGGUGGAAGUGACCGCGGGGGGCGACUCAGAGCUGGGCAACGUGAGCAAGGUGGUGCAGGUGUUUCGCCUCAUGAGGAUAUUCCGGGUGCUGAAGCUGGCGAGGCAUUCGACGGGCCUGAGGUCCUUAGGAGCCACCUUGAAGCACAGCUACAGAGAAGUGGGAAUCCUACUCCUGUACUUGGCCGUUGGGGUGUCCGUUUUCUCCGGAGUGGCCUACACAGCUGAAAAGGAAGAAGAUGUUGGCUUUGAUACCAUCCCCGCCUGCUGGUGGUGGGGGACAGUGAGCAUGACCACCGUCGGCUACGGAGAUGUUGUGCCAGUGACGGUGGCCGGCAAGCUGGCUGCUUCCGGCUGCAUUCUGGGCGGGAUUUUGGUUGUGGCGUUGCCCAUCACCAUCAUCUUCAACAAGUUCUCCCACUUCUACCGCCAGCAGAAGGCCCUCGAGGCGGCUGUGCGGAACAGUGAUAAGAAGGAACCGGAGGACUCUGAGAAUUACCCGAGCCAGGAGUCAGAGUUUUGUAGUGAGGCCUACCAGAGAGACGAUGACUUUACCAGAAACAUACUUCCAGUCCAUUGAGAUGGACAGGGAACCAGGGACUUCAAUUCUGGUAUCAGGCUUCCAGGCAAGGAGCACUUGAGAUGUUCGCAGGAGCAAAUAUCUCUGCCAUUGUGGGCCCAUUAGUUAUCAGUGACCUGUUGCAGAAUCACUUGCCUGCUGAGCCAAUGCAGGAUACCAACUCACCUUAUGCAUCUGGAUUUCCAGUAUUUUGCCCAAGACGCUAUACACUGUGACUGACUCGAUCCUCUACCCACCAAGGGACCGUUGGAGCCAAAUGGCCAAACAGCUAUGCUUCUUGAUGCAGUCCAUAUCUCAUCCCUCCCGAGCAGCAAAAGAGGGUAGCUUUACCAUUAUCAGCACUUUUUAAGGUCCUUGCAGGGGUGUGUGAGUGGGGAAAAUGCUAUUAGCAACCCUCAGGUAUAACCGACAGGCAGGGGAGCAAGGCAUCCUGGCUGGAUUGGAAAUGCAAGACUAGAAUCCUAGCAAAUAGUAGGCAAAUGGCGCAACCAUUUUUUAAAGGCUCCUUUUCUCAUUUUAGGCAUUCAGCAGCCAUCCCAGUAACAACCACCGUGUCCUUAGUUCAAAUACAACCAAAUGCUCUCCACUGUCCGUCAAGUUGUCAAUACACAUUAUUCCCCCCCCCCCCCAAUUUCUGUGCUCUGAAGUCCGGAUUAUGAUUCUGCUUCAGCUGUUGCCAAAGAGACCAGAUAGCGUUUGCAAAGUCUAUCCUGAGUUUCUGUGACAAAGUGUUGUUUGUGGCUUAUGAGAUUUAUAGAAGAAAGAACCUCCUGGCUUCCUUGAUAAAUGUCUGUCCAACAGAGACAGUGGAGACUUAUCAGUGGAUGCAGAAGAAUUAAAUAGAUUUGAAGCUGAUGAAGGAAAACAGCGCAGGGUGGUAUGGUGUGGGAGAAUUGUGAUACCGUGAUGUGCUGAAUAAGGGUUGGAGGAGUACAUCACAGGGUGGGUGGGGCUGCUACUUAGUGCCUCAUGGCCAAUUCUCCACCCCAACCCUUAAUGUUUUAGAAUGAAGUGGAUGCUUUUUCUACAACUAUGCAUGGUAUACUGUUGAGAAAUUGGAGAGGGAAUUAACCACUCGCCUUGCCUUCUCAACAUUGGUGCCCAAAGCCCAAUGAAGUUGAAAGAUUAGAUUU